ACCAGUAAGUUACGGACGACGACGGUCCAUUGGCACAGUGUACCUGAUAGCCGAUAGUUACACAUUAGGUACUUACCGCUUACUAUUGUAGUUACUAGUUGCAACUGGUUGCUUCGCGCGGCGCUUGUUUCCUAGUCGGUGCUCGUUGUUGAACAGCUGUCAUCAGGAACGAUCGAUUUUUUUUCCCGGCACAACGAUGAAUUACUUUCCCGUCACUUUCUUGUUGAUGGUGGCUGCCGAGACACUGCUGGCAGCUGUUAUGUCCGGCGUAAAUCAUCUGACCGACGGACAAGAAAUCGAAGAAAACCUAAUAAUUUCAAGGCGCAGGGCGAUCUCCGAACAUGACCACCGCACAGAUUCUGCUUACGCUGGCAUCUUGAGUGAUGAGGAAGAUAUAGAAGAAAUGAAACAUUUAGAACCAUCUGAAAUAAAACCACGUAUGAACACUAUACUUGAAAGUAUGGAUUUAAAUAAGAAUGGCUUUAUCGAAAAAAAGGAACUGUUAGAAAAAUUAUUGGAUUCUUAUCGAAAAUUAUCAGCUGAAGAAUCUGAUGCAGAAUUUCUAACUAGUGAUCUUGAUGAAGACGGUUAUGUUACAUGGAAUGAAUAUGUUGGUGACACUUAUGGUUCAAGUGAACAUUUUGAUGAUGAAAUGACAGAAGAUGAAAAACAAUUAUUUUUGGCCGCUGAUGCCGAUAAAGAUAAUCAUUUAAAUAAAGAAGAAUUUCGCUAUUUUUAUACUCCUGAAGAUUACCCACACAUGCAAGCUAUAGUAUUGCUUGGUGUAAUGAAUCGAUUUGACACUGAUAAGGAUGGGAAAAUCACAUUUGACGAGUUUAUAGGGGAUAGAAGAACAGAGCAUACUGAAGAAUGGCUUCAGGAAGAAAAAACAAAAUUCAUUGAAGAGCUUGAUGCUAAUAAAGAUGGAGUUUUAGAUGAAGACGAAGUGCAUAGUUGGGCAUCACCAAACAACAAUAUGAUUGCAGAAAGUGAAGCAGAAAAUUUAAUUUUGAAAGCAGACAAGAACCAAGAUGGUGUAUUAAGCUUUGAUGAAAUACUGGACAAUUAUUAUACAUUUAUUUCUCCAGAAAGUGAAGGAUAUUACAUAUUUAGAGAUGAGCUAUAAAAAUACCAAUUUUUUAGGAUUUUAGACAUUUAUUUUAUGAUGAAGUUCGUAUUAUUUGAUUUGUGAAAGUGUGUUUAACAAAUUUAUUCUUAUAAUUUAUAUGUAAAUUGAUUAAUUUACAAUUAUUAAAUAUAAUCAAACAAAAACAAACUAUUUAGUAACAUCCAAUAUAUGACUGUUGUUUUGAAACUCAUCUUACAGGUCAUUUGUAUGGUACAAAUAUGUAAUAUAUUAUUUAUACCACAUAUAUUAUAUUAUAUACAAGGUAGUUUUCAAAAAAAGACAUUCAUAUUUCAGUCAAAUAUUGUUUUUGUUGUAUUGUAGGUAAUCUCAUUAUUUAAAUUAAUUAUUUUGUUUAAAAGUUGUUCGAAUGUAACUUCUAAAAAUUGAUUAUUGUUUAUACUGUGUAUUUUAAAUAAUAAAACAUCAUUUCUUUUUAAUAUCAUUAUUUAAUAUUUAUAAACAUAAUGUUUAAUAAAAAUAAUUUUGUUUACAAUUAAAAUAUACAUAAUUUGACCAAGAAUAUGGAUGUCUAAAAUAUUAAAUUCAAAUUAUUUUUAAUUAAUUACAAUAAUUUACAAAUAAAUUAUAAAUUUCUAGAUUAGAUUUGUAUAAAUUGUAUUAAAUUAUUUAUACUAUUCAGCCUGAUAUUAUUAUUGUAUAAAAACCAUAAAGUAUUUUCUUCCUUAUCUUUAAUUUUUUUUUAUGUGGUUCACUAUUUAUUUUGUAUACUGAUUUCCUAAUUAUCUGAAUUAUAAAAUACAUUUUGAUGCCUUACUAUUUAUAUCGUUCCUCUUAAAGAAUUGAAAAUGAGCAUUUUAAAAUGACUGAUUAAAUAUUUUUAAAUUAAAACAAUUAUUGAUAUUGGCUUAUGGCAAUUAACCAGUUAGCUUUGACUUUAUAAGUUAUGAUAUUAUUUUUAGUAAUAUUUUGUUUAAUGAAAUUAAUUGUAGUUAUUCGUAAAUUAUAUUUGUAAAAUUAAUGAAUAGCUAAAAUUAUUAAAUUCAUAAAUAUAAUAUAACUUAUAUUUUAUGUUCCUUAUUUUGAAAUUUAAUUUAAUCAUUGCCUAUUCUUAGUAAUCAAGUCAAAAUAGAGAUAAGUUUAUUGUUAUUAUUAAUUUUUGUCUCUUAAACAAUAUAAUAUACCAUAUUAAUAAUCAAAAUAUUUUUAAAUGUUAUAACUUACAACCUUAGUAAUGAUUAUUUAUUUUUAAUGGCUAAUGACUAAUUAUCAAAACACUAUUUAAGGCAGAAAUUAUUUUUUGUUGUGCUUAAAAAACUUUUAAUCAUUAGUCAGUAUUAUUAAUUAUUUGUUUUGCCUAAAUGUUGCAAUAUUGUGUUCUGUUUUGCUUAAGACUAUAUGUUAUUAUUGUACUUUGAAAAAUAUACCAAUUAUUAUACUUCUAAUCUGUUAAAGUACACAAAACAUGUAUAUAAAUAAACAAAAUGAUUGUAUUAUUUUUUUUUUGUGUUUAAAUAUAAGUAUUUUGUUCACUGUA